AGUUACUAUAAUAUGGAAUUUUGUUGAAAUCAAUCUUUUAUUUCUUUUUAAGAUCGUUGCUUAGAGCCCUUAGAGGAUUUGCUACCUAAAUAUUGCGAGGUUAUAAUGUUAAAUUCUGAAGGUACAAUUGGUACAAUAAUGUCGGAUGAGAGAAACGACAUAGAGAGGAAUUAUCUUUAUACUCCAUUUUUUAGUAGAGUAUGUGCGUUUUUACCCCAAAUCCCGAACGUGAGAAUAAAAUCGUUUGAACUGGCAUACCAUUGUGUUAUACAAGAAUCAGCUGAAUAUCAGGAGAUAAUUAGUACAAUUGUUGGUCAUGAAACAUCUAUAUCAAAUCACGAGACAUCUACAUGCUUUAUGUUAUUCUGUGAUUACAGAAGUAAAUCGAUAGCACAACAUUGGGCCUCAGCCAUGCAAGAAAGCAAAGAAGUCAAAAUUGCUUCUGUAUGGGGUGGUGUGUUGGACGAAAUUGAUGUAAGCCAUAAUCAUAAGUAUCGUCAACCUUGUGUUGCUGUCCUGAUUACUGGUUCUAUACAAACGUGGUCCACAAUUUUGGAUAAGAAAUGCGAUACAGAGGAGCAGGUCGAAACAAAAUUGAAGUUAUUUAAGGAUGAAGUGAAGUUAAAGAAACAUUCCAUAGGAUUUAUGUUUGCAUCCAAAAUGCAUCGCGGAUAUCUGGAAGAAGCGAUGUUUAAAAGAUUAUUCCCCAAGGUACCCUUAGCAAAUUGCUUUGGCAGCGGCAGCUUCGGAAAAACUACUACCAUUGAUGAAGUAAACGAAGAAAAAAAUGACGAAGAGAAAUCUUGGUAUAAUGAAUAUAAAUAUGACUUAUGGACUGGAUAUAAUGAAUACUCUACUGUGUUUUUGAUACUUACGUAUGGUUGACGUUUCGAGAGGAGAUAUGCGUGAGUGCUGUAUGCUACGAACAUACGUGCAUUGCUAUAGAGUAUAGAUUUAAGUCUCGUAUUCACACUCAUAACAAGACAUGAAAGCAAUUGCUCCGACAUUCACACAACAAAAACAUAUGAACGUAAUAGCAAUAAAUCCGAGAUUAUUUGAUAA